AUGGCAGCUCCAUUACUUGCAGACAGCGAAGCUGUAAGUGGAGAUACAGCUCGUGAGUCGGUUUCCUUUGAUAGUAUCGCUCUUGAACCAAAUGUAACAGCUGGUAGUCCGACAGCCAACGAAAUGGCAGACACUGACGAUGCCGAUUUAUCGGAUACGGGGACAACUCAUUUGGAGAACGAACAAUUGCCAUGUCAAAAUGAACAUUUUCACGAAGAAGGUACUGCUUCUACGACCAAAGCGGCGGUUGAUAGCGAUAUUACUACAACAUUGGAGAAUGCAAAGAGAGUAGACAGACGUCCUGAUGGCGAUUUGGAGCAAGUAGAAUCGGACGACGAGGAUAUUUCGGAGGCCGAGACAGAAAUACUGGAAGAUGAUGAACCAAAUACGGACGAUCUUGGACUUCAUUACAGUGAUGACAGCGAUAUCGGAAGUAGCAAACAAGCGAAUGAAAAGAAUGAUUUAGUGGAUGCCCUGAGGAAUGUUUCAGGCAGCGUGAAAGGUGGUACAGAAUUUGAGACGAACCCACCACACAAGAGACACAACUGCGCUGACUCCAAGCAAAAAUUGUCAAAAAAUCAGAAAGAGGAUAAUGCAUCUGCGCUGACAGCCGGAGUGCAGCAAUUUUUUGAUUUUGUACCGCUUAAAUUGAAGCCCAAGGUCAAGAUAGUAAGCUCCACGGCCCCAAAGCCGUUGCCAUUGCACAGUUAUACCCUGACUCAUCCCAAAGUAGGAAACAGUAAUGCCGAGGAUGCCUUUGUCCAAUCUAAGAAGACUCAAAUAUUGCCGACGACGCCAUCAAUUGGAUCUAACGGGCUCCGUCCGAUGAAAAGACCUAUUGCAACGUCAACGACAAGAAAGGGUAAGUAUCUGGUAACAAGGCGCUGUACUAAAAUGCUGGAUGAUGGUUCUAAAAUCCAGAGACAACCGAAUAGCCAAUACACAAUGGUAUACACGAAAAAUUCCAAAAGCAGCGACACAAAUGAUCUCGAUGAUGAACCGCUGGCCAUUCUAGCGAAAGAAUUGUCGAAUAAUUCAGAAGACACACCACAAGCUAGGUAUCUGUCGUAUGCGGGAGCUAGAAAAACUGAGGAGCCCCCCAGUUAUGUUGCAAAUACGCCCCGCAUUAUCUCAAAUUCUCGCUUCGGUGGGGGUGGAGGGCUCCACUUCAGUUCUUCGACAAUACCAAACUUUGCAGCGACGUCAAUCGACCGGCAUUUGCAACUACCCGAUAAAGAUGUUUCUACAGGCGGAUACAGGCGAGAGCCUCAGAUCAGCAUUUAUGACGCACUGCACAUGGAUAAAGAAGAGAGUACUAUCGAAAUUGGCAAAGUGAACGGCUACAAACGAUCCAGUCGUUUCAAGAAAAUGCAGGAGGAAGCAGUCCGGAACGGCACUCCCAUGGUUAAAAGCCAGUUGCAGGAUAAAGAUUGGGACAAGAUGCCAAUUCCAAAGAAAAAGAAGCAAACGCAUCAAGCGGAUGAGGACGAGCUAUUACAGCCUUCAAAGGCGAGUGACGUUGGCGGUAAAUCGCGAAAUAAGCGUCGCAAGAAGACUUCUGUUUCACCGAUCAAAAAGUCGGGAUCGAGCUACCAUGGACCACAAGCCUCUCAGGUUGUGACAUCACGUAAGCAUGACUCGUCUUUGCGAGGGCAUCGUGACCGGGAACGCAGCAAUUGCAGGCGUGAAGAUGAUCGUAAGAAAAAGCGAUCACCAUCGCUGCCGUCUAGAGGUCGGGAUCAUUACGAUAAAAAAUAUAGAGUACGUGAUGAUCGCAGGCGAAAAGGUUCAUCGCGCUCAAGGUCUCGCUCACUAAGUCCUUGCCGCCGGGAUUAUAGCAAGAUUCGCAAGCGCUACCGUUCACGUUCAAGAUCAUGGUCGCGGGAGAAGUCGAGUGAGCGUGACCAUCGCCGUUCCGACCGGACGGUGUCAAUCAGCCACGAUCGUGAUCGUCAUCUAGAAAAACAUGGCAAGAGACGAUCGCUUUCUCCAGAAAAAUGCGCUUCGAGCAAAAAGAAGACGCUAGGUGAGCCGCCAAAGCUGGAUGAAGUUUGCGAAAAUGAUAAAACUGGAGACAUUGGUAGGUCUGGCAAGAAGCAGAAGUUUUCUCAUUCUACGGUAGCACCACCUUCACCAGGCACUUCGGCUACGUUUGAUGACGAGGGUGACAACAUGUUCAUCUCAGACUCGGAUGAUGACGAAAACGCUUUGAUAAAGGAAAUGGAAGACAUUCGUUUCGACCUGGAUAGUAUUCCAAUUGAUGAAGCUCUGAUGACGAGGCAGGUGUAUGUCACGGGGUUGAACCCUACUGUGUGCGCUGAACAAAUCGAGGAGGACUUUGCACGCUUUGGUGUUGGGGUUGAUCGAGAGACUGGGUUUCCAUCCAUCGAGGUCUUUGCAUGCCAACGCAACUAUCUUGGGCGUGGUGAUGCACGCGUGACUUUUAAAACUGAGGAAGGAGCGCAAGAGGCAGUAGAGGAGCUUGAUUCAAAAAAUGUGAAGAAUUCGAUGAUUCACGUGCGACGAAUGGAUGUUCAUACCCAGCGCAUACUGACAACGCAGUUUCAAGCGGUACGAGAUACGUGGAAAUGUACCAAAACGCACUGCCGUGCCGACGUGAGUGUGUGGAAUGCAAAGUGCGACAAGUGCGGGCGGAAGCGUGUAUAUGGACCGAGUAACAUCAAGAUUGGAGCUGAAUCCUGGUUGUGCUCGCUUUGUUUCACAUCAAAUGAAUCAUUUGCUACGAGUUGCUGCGGCUGCAUGGAGGCAUUGCCUGAAAUUGACCGCUCGACCUUCUACACGUCCUGA